CUGCUUGAGGCUGGUUCAGCGUGGAAUUGAAUUGGGCGGCCGCAGGUGAUUCUCUUCUUUCCUCCCAGUGACGCCUCUCACGGUCGUUUUGUCGCUCCUUUCUGCAGGCGUUCGUUCAAUGGAGUUUUUCCUCUCUCUCCUCACCCUACGUGAUGAGCACACCCAUGGAGUCCUUCGACGCUGAACUGCUGCUUGUACCAUCUGCGGCGAGGAGGGGUGCGACACUCCUUCAGCUGCUGGGCGGGCUGCUGCUGCUACUGUUUGUUCAAGUGGCUGUUGGGAGCGUUGAAGGAGAGCGGCGCAGCUGUCUGUCUUGGUGGCUGGACAGUCACUCACGCACACGCACGGACAAGAAGGUGAGCAGGGGAGGGAGGAAGACAGCCACUGCACUGCACAGCACGGCACAGACACAUCGAUACGUACGCACUCUGCACUGAGUGGGAGGUCAGGUCGAGUGUGUUGUCUAGUGAACACGCCAAAGACAUAGAGAAACAGAUAUAUAGAUAGAUAGCUCCUCUGCUGCGCUGCGCUGCGCUGCGCUGCUCGUGUCGGCCGACGCGAUUUUUUGCCCUUUUUCUUUCUGCUCUUCACUUCGCUUGUCUUCAUCAUGGGUCACUGGAUGAGACUCACUGCCUACCUUGUCCAUCUGCCUCUCUGCCUUUCAGCCCCCCUCCCCCCUCUCUCUCUUCGUCACCCUCCGCCACCCCCACAGCCGGCCGGCAACGCAGCCUCGCAAUGCUCUCAAGGCAUCGCGGCAUCAAGACGACAGCCCUGCUGCAGACACAGAAGAAGACAGUGUCAUCUUCCCCUCCUAUGGUGACGGCAGCCGCCGGCGUGUGAGAUGGUUCGACACAGAGGGAGGGGUGCGGUUCAAGUGCACCGAGUGCGGCAAGUGCUGCCGCACCAGGGGCAACGUGUGGGUCAGCCCACAAGAGCAGCGGGCGAUCAUCGACUACCUUUCCAUCGACGGGGCGGCCUUCAUCGAGCUCUACACCGAGGAAGGGGUGGACAACGACGGCUGGCGGCUCCUGAGAGACGUGCCUGACGACGAGUGGGCAGGGGGCACAAGUCGCUGCAUCUUCCUGUCUGGAACAGAGUGCUCCAUCUACCCCGUCAGACCGUUCCAGUGCGCCACCUACCCCUUCUGGCCUCCCAUGUUGAGGUCCAAGGAGGCUUGGGAGAGCGAGGCUGUGUGGCCGGACGACGAGAGAGCGGGCGAUGGGUCCUUGCCGCGAUGGACUUACGAGGGGGGCGGGUGUGAAGGCAUCUGGUCGGAUGAGAGGGUCAGGCAGCAUUUGCUGGAGAGCAAGGCCGAGGGAUUGUUCGGUCGUUUUAAGGGUGGGGAGGAGGGAUACGAGUCGAUAUCUGCUGAGGUUUUGAACCGAUUGUGGGAGGAGUAUAGGGCUUACUGGCGUCGAUUCCCCGGCUGACGCAGUGUGUGAGUGUGUGUGUCUUUUCCGCCCUCUGUAUUGUCACUCACUGGGCCGUGUAGUGUAG